GACCCCGCCCACUCAUAUGACGUCACUAAAGAUAAUUGCGGAAGUGAACCAGGCGACGGAAGACAGACAGAAACCCAAAUAAGUUGGUGUGUACGGUUGACUAAUACUUACAGAUACAGAUAGUCUAUAGUCAUGCUGGGAGGAGGAUUCAAAGCAGAGAGGCUAAGAGUUAACCUCCGGCUGGUCAUCAACCGACUCAAACUCCUUGAGAAAAAGAAAACUGAGCUUGCUCAAAAGGCAAGAAAGGAGAUUGCAGAUUACCUGUCAUCAGGGAAGGAUGAACGGGCACGGAUCCGUGUGGAGCACAUUAUCAGAGAAGACUACCUGGUGGAAGCCAUGGAGAUCCUGGAGCUUUACUGUGACCUGCUGCUGACUCGCUUUGGCCUCAUUCAGUCCAUGAAGGAACUGGACCCAGGUUUACAGGAGGCAGUGUCCACCCUCAUAUGGGCAGCACCUCGUCUACAGUCAGAGGUGUCUGAAUUAAAAACUGUAUCUGACCAGCUAUGUGCAAAAUAUAGCAAGGAGUACGGCAAGCUGUGCAGGACAAACCAGAUUGGCACAGUCAACGAUAGGCUGAUGCACAAACUGAGUGUGGAGGCCCCUCCCAAGAUCUUGGUGGAGCGCUACCUGAUAGAGAUCGCCAAGAACUAUAAUGUGCCGUAUGAACCUGACGCCAUGGUCCGGCCUGAGGUGUGUCCUGGAGAGGAGGCAGACCUGAUUGACGUGGACAUGGACAAGAAACCUAGAGGAGGAGGAGGAGGAGGGGGUGGUGGAGGUUUCACUGCUCCUGCCAUGCCCAUGCCUAUGCCUAUGCCCAUGCCUAUGCCUACAGCGUUCAACUAUCCACCCCCCAACGGAGCCGAACCGUAUAAUGCUCCCAUUGGAACCUACAACAGCUUUCAGCCCCACAUGGGUGGAGGGCCGCCCCCUCAGCUGCCCACUUCUCCCCCCACAUAUGAGUCUAUUGAUGACCUAACUGACAAACCUUCUGUUCCUUCCCAGGCCAUAGCUCCUGGGCCUUCGUCUCAGCUAUUCAACAACAACACUCUCCCAGAACUCCCCUCUGUUCCUGACACACUCCCCACGUCCUCCUUCGGCGGAAACACCAGCACCUCGGAUGACAUCGACUUUGACGAUUUAACGCGGCGAUUUGAGGAGCUGAAAAAGAAGACCUAAUUGCUAUGUCCCUGGUCUAGAGACACACACACACACACACACACCCCGAUAUACAUACACAGGCCUGUGUCGUCACCUACGCAACUCAGAACAGGAAAUGGAAAAUUCUCAAGGCUCCCAAUCAGAUUUGAAUAGUUUUCCUCCCCCUCCCACGGUGACGUAAUCUUAGAUAGAUAUUUAACAUGUAUUCUUACCUCAUUUAUAUACAUAGGACCAGCGUACUGAGGCUGUGGUUACUCACAGAAAACUAAUUUCAGUUGGUAGUACCAUUGAGUGCCACAUUUUAAUUUCUUUCUAUGCUACACAUUAUAUAAAUUCUUACGUACAAGCAUGCAGGUGUUGACCCCUGUUCUCUCAUUUAAGGUCACGCCGGCUUUGUCUGAGUGAUGUACUGUAUAAUCAAAUUUAGAUUUUAAAUGUUGUUUUUCUCGGGGGGGUUUCGGUUUGGCCAACAUUAACAGUACAUGCCUUGAUUCCAUUUUGCACACGCUGUUUCGCUCCAAUCUUCCCCUCUGUGUCACACAGCCCUGUCUCAGACCUGUCUAACAAGUCCAACUGGCCGCCCAGUUUGGUGUGGAUCUGACAACACAGGCUACAGGUUGUUUCCGAGGCGAGGCUCUCAAUACCCGACAAUUUCUUUUGCCUGAAGGUAUCGGGACAGAUAGAAGCCAUAUUUUCAGUAUCUUGCGCAGUCAUGUUGUUUUGUCACUGUGGAAGGGACACUCCUCACACGUCAUGGUUUAUUUAUACCGGGGGGAAAGUGUGUGUGUGAGCCCUCCAGGAAAAGUGCAUGGUGACACACACGUUACAGGGGUGGUGGGGUUAAUUAAUACAACAGUGUAUGGAAAUCUGUAAAAUAAUACAUCUACAAUGAUAGAGCUAUUUACACGAAUGAUUGAUCUGUACAGCAAAAAGAGUUUGGUAGUAGGGAGUGUCAUCAAUAUUUGAAAAUUUGUUUUAUAUACAUCAUCUAAGGUUGGGGUUUUUUUUGCCCUUUUGAAUGUCAGUUUUAACAAAUAGUUGCACUUUCUUUUCAUUGAAGUACUUCAUUUUCAAGCAAAAUGUGUGCAGACAAAAGCAGUCAUACAAGAACUUAAUUUGAUUGAUUAGAUGUAAAAAUUGACCCCAGAGGUAAAAAGUUUGUGUUGUCCUCUGUGAUCGUGUGUGCAUGUUUUAUGCUGUAUGUGCACCACUGCAUUUGCCUUAGACCCCAUCUCUCAUCAGAGGCUGUGCCAGUCUGUACCAGGAUUUUGCAUUUUUGUUACCCAUCAAGACUGGGAGCCUGCUGACUGCAUUGAGUUUCAGUUGAUUAGAUUACACUUUUCUUUAUUUGCUUUACUCAAACAAUUCUCUGAAACCUGUUUGGUUAAAAUUUGCAGAUGGAUGGUGGCCUUUAAAAAAUAUUCAGCAAUCUCUGGAAAGCACUUUGAAAAUCUUUCCAGCUGGUAGACAGAGAAUAUUAAUAGGUUUUACGUGUUUUGGAAAAAGUAGAGAGAUUAACACUACAGAACUGUGAUCUGCUCACUGUCUUUUCUAUGUUGGACUGUUCUUUCAUGCAUAAACCUUGAGACACCAUGGUGUCAUGUUGCAAAAACAGGAUUUUUUUUCCACUGUAUACUAAAAUAACAAUUUAAUAAAAGAUUAUUUGGAACUGGAAA